GUGAUAAACAUGACAUGUGUGUGUAGUCGGCCUGCGUUGAUUAUUUCUUCUGCUAAAAAGAAUCUACAUUACCUUCGUUUUUAAAAAUGAACUCUCAAAGUCCAUCGCCCAAAAGGCAGAAAUUCUCCCAUGGUAAUAAUGCCAACGGCAUGGACCAAUCAGAGAAGCUGUACCAGCAUCGAUGUAGCCUUCCUAUCUACACAGCAAGGAGUAAACUGAUGAGGGAACUGCGAAAGAAUACAAGCUCCAUUGUGAUUGGUGAAACAGGAAGUGGGAAGACCACUCAAAUUCCACAGUAUUUACUUGAAGCUGGCGUUUGUAAAGGUGGCAUGAUUGCUUGCACUCAGCCCCGUCGUGUUGCAGCCAUCUCCAUAGCAAAUCGUGUGUCAUCAGAAAUGGGUGUUAACAUCGGAGAAAAGGUCGGCUACUGUGUACGUUUUGAUGACACUACUUCCCCAGAGACAAAAAUAAAGUACAUGACAGAUGGGAUGCUCUUAAGGGAGGCCAUAUUGGAUCCAAAGUUAUUAAGAUACAGUUUUAUCAUCUUAGAUGAAGCUCACGAGAGAACGGUUCACACCGAUGUACUCUUUGGGGUCGUCAAGAAGGCGCAAAAGAUACGUGCAGGAAAUGAUCACAAAUCUCUCAAAAUUGUUGUCAUGUCAGCGACUAUGGAUGUCGAUCAUUUCUCACAGUAUUUUAACAACGCACCUGUUCUCUAUCUCCAAGGAAGACAGCAUCCUAUUAAGUUGCUGUAUUCUCAUGAAGCUCAGAGUGAUUAUCUGUUUGCUGCCCUCGUUGCCAUCUUUCAGAUUCAUCAGAAGUAUCCAGCAGAAGAGGACAUGCUUGUGUUUCUAACCGGCCAAGAAGAAAUUGAGUCCAUGGUGAGGUCAAUCAAAGAGGUGGCCAUGGAUUUACCAUCUGACUGUCCAGAAUUAGUUGUCACACCGAUGUACGCAGCCCUUCCUCCGCAUCAGCAGCUCAAAGUCUUCCAGCCAGCACCCUCUGGUAAACGAAAGAUAAUCCUGUCUACGAACAUAGCAGAGACGUCAGUUACAGUCCCAGGAAUUAAGCAUGUUAUAGACACAGGCAAGGUCAAAGCAAAGAGCUACCAGCCUGGCAGUGGACUAGACAUGCUGAAAGUACAAUGGGUAUCUCAGGCCCAGGCUUGGCAACGAACCGGUCGAGCAGGAAGGGAAGAUAGUGGUUCUUGUUGGAGAUUAUACACAGAGAAUGAGUUUGCACGGUUACCAGCUAACACCGUCCCAGAAAUACAAAGAUGUAAUCUUGCCAAUGUUGUUCUUCAGCUGCUAGCUCUGAAUAUCCGUGAUGUUUUGAAUUUUGACUUCAUGGACCCGCCUUCAAAAGAGUCUCUUCGCAGUGCUUUAGAUCAGUUGAAGCUGCUAGGUGCCUUGAAUAAGGAGAACAAUAAACAGUUAACGUCCAUUGGUCGACAAAUGUCUGUAUUUCCUCUGGAGCCCAGGCUAUCUAGGGUCAUCCUUGCCUCUGCACAUCAUGGAUGUCUAGAGGAGAUUUUAACGAUUGUGUCACUUCUGUCAGUAGAGUCUAUUCAACACUCGCCACACAACAAGAGAGAAGCUGCUUUUGCUGCAUGGAGGAAGUUUGUUUCCAGCGAGGGUGAUCAUGUGACUUUGUUGACGAUCUACAGGGCGUACCGAGGGGUCAAAGGUAACAAGGACUGGUGUUUUGAUAACUUUGUUCAUCAACGGAACAUGCGACAUGCUAUAGAGAUACGUACCCAGCUAAGAGGUCUAUGCGUUAAGGCUAACCUACCUCUUGUUUCAUGUGGUCAGGAUACCACACCAGUCAGGAAGUGCCUGGUUCAGGGGCUGUUCAUGAAUUCAGCUGAGUUACAGAGAGAUGGUAGUUACAUAACACUUGAUCGUAAACAGACAGUCAGCAUUCAUCCCUCGUCAUGUCUCUUCCAAUGUAAACCAGCGUAUGUACUUUACAAUGAACUGGUUCAAACCACCAAAUGCUAUAUGAGGAAUGUUUGUGUGAUUGACCCAGAGUGGCUCUAUGAUGUAGCACCGGAAUAUUUCAGACAGAGAGUCUCGAGAACAAGGUGACGAAAUCCUGAGACGUGAGAUCUUCUUAGCUUCAAGUUAUAUAGAAACUAGAAGGUGCCAUAACAUUGAAAUGCUGGAUGCUGCAAGUUUUUAACGGGAAACUUAAGUAUUGAGAAGUUGUAUUUCUGGUAAUGAAAACAAGGGUGCUUGCUAUGUGAACCAGAAACACCAGGUUUAACCUCUGCUCUUACACGAUCAUGAGUUCUUUUUCCAAAAUCUUGAAAUGUUUCACUCUCUUAGCUACAACUUAUUGAAGGGAAAGUAAAGUCUAUAAGAAUGAGGUCACAAAAUCUUGAGACGUCAGACGUUCUUUGCUACAAGUUAUUAUAGAAACUAGAAGGUGCCAAAGUAUUGAAAUGUUGGGCGUGGCUUAGCUACAACUUAAAAAGGGAAAGCAAGGUAUGUAAGAAAGGUAUGUAAGAAUGAUGUCACAAAAUGUUGGACGUUCUCAGGUGCAACUUCACGGGGAAGUAAUGUAUUAUUUCUAUUUCUGGUAAUGAAAUCAAGGAUGCCUCUUAAAGUGAACUUUCACUGUAGCUCGCAAGCUUGAGGAAACCUUUAAACAAGGGUGCUGGCUAUGUGAACCAGAAACACCAGGGUUAACCCUGCUCUUCUGUUCUGUGUUCUUUUACAUGUACAUGUACUACCAAUCCUAGCAUACAUGAUCUUUAGCUUACACUCCCAUAGGGACAAAGCAAUUAUGGUAAAGUAUCUUGCCCAAGGACACAAGUACCACAACCAGGACUCAAACCCAUCAAAGGGAAAAUACUAUAGUGUUAUUAACGAUGCUUUAUGAGGAGAUAACAGCAAAAGAACCAACCGUAAUAACAACCUCUUGAGAAACAAAUAACUAUGUUUUAAUACACUCAAGAAAUACAACUUUAUUUAGAGUCAACUUCAAUUUUGACAAACAUUGGGGUUUAUAUUAUUGAAACAAAUUGGAAACUGUUUACUGAAUACUUAUUUUUCCAUCUGGUAGAAUAUUAUUAUGGCGAAGCUUAUUAUUUAUACAAAUUGUGUACUGGUUUGUUAGUUUAUGUAUGUGGUUUGAUCACACAAAACAUGUAUACAGUUUGUGACUGUUUUGUCAGCCCACCAUUCCUGUAUAAAACCUUAAAUAAAUUGCCAUGAAGUUUA